UUUUCACGUUAAAGAAACAGAGAACACCAUUGGCUACAGUUAGCUUACUGCCUGCCACUGGACUCUGGGAUGUUAGGCCAGUGGUUGCCAUAGCGACAGGGUGCGGCUGAGAGGCUAGAUUGACUAGGUAGGAGCCAUCUCCUGUUAAGGGACCGGUCCUUGAGGUCGUGAGGGCGAGUCAGCGCACUCCAUGGGACACCCACUGAGACCUCCGGACUCCGGGUGUUUAGAAGAAUGCGAGGCUGAGGCUUCCCUCAGAGAGACGGAACAUGUCCCAUAUCGUGGCUAACCCAGAUGAAGACCCUGGCAAACUUAAAAAGCAUGGCGACAAAGUACAGAAAGGUUUCACCGCUGCGUACCCAACACAAUCGUCCAUUCCUUACAGAUACCAAACAUCAUUAGUCCCAGAAUCAGAAAAAAAGGGAUUUAACAGCCAAGCCAGGAGAUUUUAUCACAAAAAGGAUGACAUUCCGGGCCCUGGGUUCUACAACGUCAUCCACCAGUCUCCAGUGUUCAAUAGCGUCUCUCUCUCCAAGAGAGGAACCUGCGCUUUUCCCUCCACGUGUGCCCGGCUGGGCAGCAUCAAUUCUAAAUAUCCUGCUGCGAAUGCGUACACCAUCCCGUCGGACUUGGUUUCCAAGAAGGACUUCAGCAAUUCCUGCUCCAGCAUGUUCCAGCUGCCAAGCUUCAUGAAAGUGGUCAAAUCUGAAACCCCUGCCCCAAACCAUUACAAUACCUCCAUCGCCUAUUGCAAACAGAAAAGCAAUGUCUGUGCUCGAGCCGGGUUUCUAUCGAAAACACCGAGAGGAUUCUUCCCCAUGGGCAGAUCCGGAGGGCCAGCACCAGGGUAUUACAACGUCAACGAGUCCCUGGUGAAGCAAUCGCCCAAGAUCUUAGUGUCCUGCUUCAAAUCCAAAACUGGCCGUGGAUUAAAACUGACGUCGACAGGCCCAGGGCCUGCGUACUACAACCCCAACGAUCACACCAAGAUCCUGAGAAAGCCUCAUAUCCCGAAAGCUGCGCUCCUGAACUUCUCCGCCCACCCUCUGUCUCUGCCCCCCAAGCCACCUCUGCCGGGUCCGGGCCAGUAUGAGAUCGUGAACUACGAGGGACCCCCCAAGCACUUCAUCUCCAGUGCGUCAUUUGUGUCCAACACCAGCCGGUGGCCAGUGUUGUCAUCCAAACCCAGCAUGCCAGGGCCAGCCACCUACAAGCCAGAGAGCCCAGGGAAGCAGUCCUUCCACUACAAUGAAGACAACAAAUGGAUCCCAGCAAUAUAG